AGCAACCAACAGCGGGGCAAGAUCAAAAAUGAUAAGAUUUUGCGGUGGAGGAUAGAACUCUCCACCUACACCUAUGAUAUCCUGUACCGGCCUGGCAGACUCAAUGAGCCCCCUGAUGCCCUAUCCCGGGGAACAUGUGCUAGCACACAGCUCGACCAGCUGUACGCCCUUCAUGCACAACUUUGCCAUCCGGGGGUCACCCGAUUUUACCAUUUUGUGAAAGCUCGGAACCUGCCGUACUCCCUGGAGGACAUCAGGACGAUGACCAGGGACUGCCAAAUUUGUGCCGAGUGCAAACCGCACUUCUACUGUCCUGACACGGCACAACUUGUCAAGGCCACCCGCCCUUUUGAACGCCUGAGUGUUGACUUUAAGGGCCCCCUUCCCUCCACUGACCGCAAUGUCUAUUUUCUCAGUGUUAUUGACGAGUUCUCACGGUUCCCCUUUGCCAUCCCCUGCCCCGACACCACUGCCACGUCCGUCAUAAAAGCCCUGCGCCAGCUCUUCACUCUGUUCGGGUAUCCCUGCUAUAUCCACAGUGAUAGAGGGUCCUCCUUUAUGAGUGAGGAGCUGCGCCAGUACUUGCUAGCUAGGGGCAUUGCUACCAGUCGGACCACGAGUUAUAAUCCCCGGGGUAAUGGCCAGGUGGAGCGGGAGAAUGCCACAGUGUGGAAGGCCACACUUUUAGCCCUUAAGUCCAAAGGGUUGCCGGUCUCUCGAUGGCAGGAGGUCCUCCCUGAGGCACUGCACUCUAUCCGCUCUCUGUUAUGUACGUCCACCAAUGCCACCCCUCACGAACGCCUAUUCUCUUUUCCCAGGAAGUCUGUCACUGGGACCACCCUACCAGUUUGGCUGACGUCCCCGGGGCCAGUGCUGCUCCGGAAACAUGUGAGGAGCAAUAAAUACUCCCCGCUGGUGGAGAGGGUUCACCUUCUCCAUGCGAACCCCCAGUAUGCUUACGUGGUCUUACCUGAUGGGCGGGAGGACACGGUCUCCAUCCGCGACCUGGCACCCGCAGGUGCAGCAGACCACUACCCUGAAGGCUCUCCGGUAACUGUGAACCCUGCACCAGAGGUGACACCGUACUCACCAGGCCCUACACAGACUCCUCACGACACUUGUAUACCGGGCGUUUCGUACGCAUUUAUACCAGGCGCCUCGCACAUGCAUGAGGGAUCACCGGCGCCUAGUGGGCAAGAACACGCGCAACCCCCGUCCCCUGUGCAAUCGCCAAUGUUGCCGGCACCUAUGCGGUCACAGCCGGUGCUACGUAGAUCGCAGCGACAGAUUCGACCGCCUGAUCGGCUUGACUUGUAAGAACCUUCGCUACAUGAGGACUUUUUCAAACGAAGGGGGGGUGAAUGUGGUGAACUAUGUGCCUGUCGGGACACGCCCCUGCUGACUGCUCCUGUGGCUCCUCCCACAGGCCCCUGUAUAAAGGAGACCUGCGGCCUGAAGAUCGGCCUCAGUCUCCAGGACCUUGUAUGAUAGACACUCACUCCUGGUUCCUUCUUCCAGUCAAUAA